AUGGCUUCUAGAAAAAUCCGAUCAGCAUGUGAGGGACGUUCCAUCCAGGCUUCAGGUGUGAUACGACAUGGUCCACUUGCUGGCCCAGGUUCUGCUGCCCAUAGGGCUUGGGAGCCACUUCCUCCGCCUGAGCUUUUAGAGAACAAGAUUGCUUCUCAGGCUGCAGAAAUUGAGCAACUUGUUGGUGACAAGCACAGAUUGGCAGCUAGUCAUGUUGCCUUGAGCGAAGACCUUGUUGCUGCUCGGCAUGAAGCACAGAGACUUAAGGAACACAUCAAAAGCAUCCAGAUUGAGAGUGAUAUUCAGAUCAGGGUUCUGCAGGAAAAGAUUGUGAAAAUGGAAGCGGAUAUUCGGGUUGGUGACAGUGUGAAAAAGGAGUUGCAACAGGUACACAUUGAGGCGCAAAACUUAGUCAAAGCCAGACAAGAGUUGGUCACCCAAAUUGGACAGGCCUCUCAGGAGUUACUGAAAACUCAGGCUGAUGCUAAGAGUCUGCCAGAGUUGCAUGCUGAACUUGAAGGUUUGAGGAAAGAGCACCAGAAAUUACGGGUUACAUUUCAGUAUGAAAAAGGUUCAAACAUAGAGCAAGUGGAGCAAAUGCAAGCUAUGGAGAAGGAACUAAUUGGGAUGGCAAGAGAAGUUGAAAAGUUACGCGCUGAAGUCUUGAGUGCUGAGAAGAAAGUGCAUGCACCAAUAGGGCCAGUACCAUAUGCUGCUGGCUACAUGAAUCCUAAUCGUUCAUAUAUUCCACCUUUUCAAGGUAGCAGCACCUAUUUUGAUGGAUAUGGUCAGCCUAUAAUGCAGAUGGGUCUUGGCCCCGCCGAAGGCAUGAUCCCAUAUGGUAAUAGUGCUAAUGUUCCAACUGCUACUGCUGCAACUGGCAUUCAAACUGUUCCUGGUUCGGUUUGGGGAGCACCGUAUGAUCCAUCACUUGCUCAGAGGUAAUCAAGGAGAAGCUGCCAUGUGAGCUGGUCAUAAUCUAUCUUGCCUUGGCCACUAUAGCCGGUUUAUUAGGACACAGGGAGUUAAUAGGCUAUUAUGAAAGCUCUAGAUUGUUAGCUUUACACCGUUUAAACAGUUUUCAGCAGUUAACAAAGAACCACAGAUCAAUGUCGGCAGUUACAAUAUGCUUAUUUCAUAUUUCUUGCAAAUUAGAAUCUCAGAACCAAUUGCACUUAAAACAGCUGUCCAAUUGAAACCAUGUAUGUAUUGGACGUAUGGUUUUAGAUUAGGAGAAAGGUAAAGCAAUACCUACGUCUUUCCUUUUAUUUGAAGUAAUUAGAGGAGGAAUGGCAUAAUAAUAUUUAUUGAUACAUGGGCUCGAAGUUAAGCUUAGUUUAUACAGACAUUUUUAAAAAGUGAUAGUCAACAAAUUAGAAGUUUGAAAUCCAGCACUUACAAUUUUUUU